AUGGGCUUCCGGGGGUUCAAACCAGUGGAGAUGUGCAGCUCGGAGGGGAGGUCCAACGAGACCGUGGCAGCGGAUCUCGACGGGACGCUGCUGGUCUCGCGCAGCGCCUUCCCCUACUAUAUGCUGGUGGCCCUCGAGGCGGGCAGUCUGUUGCGGGGCAUGCUCCUGCUGGCUUCCUUCCCGCUGGUGAUCCUCGUCUACAUCCUGUUCUCGGAGCCGCUGGCCAUACAGGUGCUCAUCUUCAUCUCCUUCGCCGGCCUAAAGGUGCGCGACAUCGAGAUAGUGGCCCGGUCGGUCCUCCCCAGGUUCUACGCCGAGGAUGUCCACCCAGAGAGUUGGCGCGUCUUCAGCGCCUUCGGGCACCGGCUCGUCGUGACGGCCAACCCCCGGAUCAUGGUGGAGCCAUUCGUGAAGAAUUUCCUCGGCGUUGACGAGGUGCUGGGGACGGAGAUCGAGGUCACCAAGUCGGGCCGCGCCACCGGCUUCGUCAAGCCGCCGGGGGUCCUCGUCGGGGAACUCAAGGCCGACGCCGUCAGAAAGGAACUCGGCGACAACCUGCCCGACCUGGGCCUUGGAGACAGGGAAACGGACUUCGACUUCAUGUCCAUCUGCAAGGUUUGAUCUCCCUCAAUUCAGCCGACUUCGUAUAUUCUCUUCUCCCCUUCCCUCCUUCAUGCAUCUCUCUGCAUUGUCUCUGCGUUCCCUCUUCCAUCGUGUGGACAAGGCUCUCGCCUCCCGUCCAUCGUCUUAGUGAGAAUUCUUAUUAUGGCAAGGAGCCCAGCGCGCUCUACUCGCUGGGCUCCCUCUCAUCCCCCACCUCGCUGGCGGGGGGCCACGCGGGGAAGAUCCACACACUACAGCAGCUCCCGACACUUCCAAUCACCCCCCCACUGGAGCUCCCCAAUUCCCCACCCUUGCUUCCUAUUCAUCUUCUUCUUGUUCACCGUCUGCUAGCUUUCGGUGGCUUCUCAUCCCCACAUCGGUUCAGUCGUCUCUUCUGAUCAUCUCGUCCUUGAUCUCUCCUAGUCAUCUAUCUUCGCCCCGUGCAUCCCCUCCUCCGAAGGACGUCUCCAUUUAAUGGCGGUGCCGCGGGGCUGCCUUCAUUCUUCCAGUGCCCGGCGUACCCGACGGGAGCGUGGCCAUGUGUUCGAUUAAAUGCCCAAAGCCUCUCCUCCGAGGAACCCCUCCCGAGAUAUCUCUCGACUCACGUCAACCCCGCGCAUGCAGAGACUUACGCAUCAACGCUGAUCCACCCCACCUACGUGCUCAUCCUUCGCUUCCUAGCAAAUCUACGAGGAAACGUCGACACCCCGGGGUCAAACCCCGAUCGGAUCCGUUGCCCGGCUGAGCGCUUUAGUGGCGUGGGGCCCGGCGACUGUCUGUGGUUUACUGCUUGCGGUCACCGCCCCGCCCCGUUUGCAGGCUCUUCCAGGAGAUCCAGGGAAGGAGGGGAGGUGUCGACGGUGGGUCCCGUCGGAGACUAAGAGUGAAUGAGCAGAUGUGUCCGUAGAUAUUUAGCGGAUAUCCUGUGGUUUCGCUCAAUGGUUGAAUAAUUUUGAUAAUCGGUUGACGUGGUUUUCUGGCGGACGUGUGGAUGCAGGAGGGCUACGUGGUGCCGCCGAGCAAAUGCUCGCCAGUGCCGAGGAGCGAGCUGCUGAGCCCGAUCAUCCUUCACGACGGGCGGCUGGUGCAGCGGCCGACGCCGCUCGUGGCGCUGCUCACCUUCCUGUGGAUGCCCGUCGGGUUCGCUCUCUCCCUGAUCCGGGUCUACUUCAACAUCCCCCUGCCGGAGCGCAUCGUCUUUUACAACUACAAGUUCAUGGGCAUCAAGCUCAUUGUGAAGGGCACCCCGCCACCGCCCCCGCAGAAGGGCCACCCGGGGGUUCUCUUCGUGUGCAACCACCGUACCGUGCUCGACCCCGUCGUCACCGCCGUCGCGCUGGGGCGCAAGAUCAGCUGCGUCACCUACAGCAUCAGCAAGUUCUCCGAGCUCAUCUCCCCCAUCAAGGCGGUGGCCCUCUCCCGGGAGCGGGACAAGGACGCCGCUAACAUCAAGAAGCUGCUGGAGGAGGGAGACCUGGUGAUCUGCCCCGAGGGCACCACCUGUCGCGAACCCUUCCUCCUCCGAUUCAGCGCCCUCUUCGCCGAGCUCACCGACCGUAUCGUCCCCGUCGCCAUCAACACCAAGCAGGGGAUGUUCCACGGGACGACGGUGAGGGGCCACAAGCUCCUGGAUCCCUACUUCUUCUUCAUGAACCCCCGCCCGACCUACGAGAUCACCUUCCUCAACCAGCUGCCCGUCGAACUGACCUGCGCGGGCGGCAAGUCCGCCAUCGAGGUGGCUAACUACAUCCAGCGGGUCCUCGCCGGCACGCUCGGCUUCGAGUGUACCAGCUUCACCCGCAAGGACAAGUACGGCAUGCUCGCCGGCACCGAUGGCCGCGUCGCGUCGAAGAGGGAGAAGGACGACGGCGGCGAGGACCCACCGAAAGCCCAAAAAUAA